AAUGGCGACAGCGAAGGUGUUUAGGAGUUACUGUCGCGCGGUGGGACAGCUGCUCUGCGUUCGCCAUAUUAGAUUGUAUAGCAGCUUUCGUUUGCUAAAAGCAAAGUACACUUUGGCGUUUGAUAAGUCUAUGUGGAAGGAUCAUCAUCAGCACAGAUUUUUCAGAACAACUGUUGUUUCACAUAGCCAGAUUGUCCAGUUCAAGCUCUCUGAUAUUGGAGAAGGAAUCACAGAGGUGACUAUGAAAGAAUGGUAUGUAAAAGAAGGUGACAUCGUAUCUCAGUUUGACAGCAUCUGUGAGGUACAAAGUGACAAGGCCUCAGUUACAAUCACCAGUCGCUACGAUGGUGUCAUUAAAAAACUCUAUUAUAACUUAGAUGAAAUUGCUUAUGUGGGGAAACCUUUAGUGGACAUAGAAACAGAGGCCUUAAAAGCUGUAGCUUCUGAAGAGGAUGUGGUAGAGACGCCUGCUGUGUCCCACGAAGAACAGACACACCAGGAGAUUAAAGGCCACAAAACCUUGGCAACCCCAGCUGUUCGCCGCCUUGCCAUGGAAAACAAUAUUAAACUGAGUGAAGUUAUUGGGACAGGAAAAGAUGAUCGCAUCCUCAAAGAAGAUAUUCUCAAUUAUUUGGCCAAGCAGACAGGUGCCAUUUUACCUCUGUCAACCAAACCUAAAAUGAUCCCAUCUUUGCCAAAAACGGACCCUGCGCGUGACAAGCUGGAAGAAAAGACUCCUAAAAUUCCAACACCGAUUUUCAUACCCGCUUCCAUACCCAUAGGAGUUUCAGGAGAAGAUAAAACAGAGGCCUUAGCAGGGUUCCACAAGGCAAUGGUGAAGACCAUGACUAUUGCUUUGAAAAUUCCUCACUUUGGUUAUUGCGAUGAGGUUGAUCUAACACAACUCAUCAAGCUGAGAGAAGAGUUGAAAUCAGUAGCAGACGCACGGGGAGUUAAACUUUCUUACAUGCCCUUCUUUAUAAAGGCAGCUUCUUUGGGUUUAUUACACUACCCUAUUCUUAAUGCUUCUGUGGAUGAAAACUGUCAAAACAUCACCUACAAGGCUUCUCACAACAUUGGAGUAGCUAUGGAUACAGGACAAGGAUUGGUUGUCCCUAAUGUAAAAAAUGUUCAGAUCCAUAGCGUGUUUGAAAUUGCCUCAGAAUUAAAUCGCUUACAGAACUUGGGGUCCACAAACCAGUUGGGAACGACUGACCUCACAGGAGGAACUUUCACGCUCUCUAAUAUUGGCACAAUCGGUGGUACCUAUGCCAAGCCAGUGAUACUACCUCCUGAAGUAGCCAUUGGAGCUCUUGGAAGAGUACAAGUCCUUCCUCGAUUUAACAGUGCAGGUGAAGUAUUUAAAGCACAGAUAAUGAACGUGAGCUGGUCUGCUGAUCACAGGAUUAUUGAUGGUGCAACCAUGGCCCGGUUUUCUAACUUGUGGAAAUCUUACUUGGAGAACCCUGCUUCCAUGCUCCUGGAUCUUAAGUAAUGAAGCCUAAUAGCCAGUCACAUUCUUUUAAUUUGGGGGUGAUAGCAAGCUAGCUAUGCUAGCAAGUGUCCUUAAUACUACAUUUCAUAAUUCACUAUGACAUUUUGAGACCGAUUGGUCCUUUUAGACCUCCAGUCAGUGUAUUGAUUUACCUGUUACAGUCUGUUCAAAUAAGUAUUUUAGCUGUAAGUUAUUUGGCUAGGGGCUGCUAUAGGUUAUGGGUCAGGAUGGCUCCUGAGUAGGGCAGUGGGAAAUUUUUAAUGAUGAGAAAAGUACUGUAUUCCUCUACACUGACAUUACCAGAAGAACGCUGCUGUUACUUGCAAUACUUUUGUUUCAACUGCCUGCGUUGCUUAGAAAAUUAAUUAUGUUAACUGUUUGGGGGGGAAAGACUUUCUUUUUGAUGAAACAUAAAAAGAUAUUAUAUCUAAUGCAAUUAACGCACAAAUCACAAAAAUACAAAAUGUCUCUGUGCUUCUCCUGAAAGAGUUGUGAUGGAUUUUUCUCUAACCUAACUUUUGUUUUUCUAUUUUUUAAAGUAUUCUUUGAACCUAAAAUAAUUCUUGGGCACACCAUUAAUUACUGAAGUUAAUUAUAUAAUGCCUAGACACCAUGUAUACCUACAUUGUAUACCCAUAUAAAAUAUGAAGCGGGCAAUCGCAUAUAAGGCUGUGGCAAUUUACAUAUGAACAUAAGAGAAGCCAAUGUUGAAUCAGGCCAGUGGCCCAUCCAGUCCAACACUAUCACACAGUGGCCAAAAAAAACAGGUGCACUUAUUCAUCAUUGUGAAUUCACCAGGUGCACUUAUUCACCAGUGGCACUUAGUCAUCAUGCAGUUUGCCAAUGGCCAGCUUGUGUAUCACGUCUGUCCAUAUGAAUGUGUACCCGAAGGUGCUACUAGAAGGUCAUAAGAAAGGAGGAGAGGUAUACAAUAGUAGAAAGGCCAUUUAAAAAUAAAUAAAAUGAAUACUUACCCUUGUUCAAAAUUCCCUGGAAAAACCAUUGGGAUUAAAGAAAAUGGUAGCUAGCAUCAGUUAAAAGAUUUUUACACUACAGUACUGGGUUUCACGCUCUUUGCCUCCCUCUCCCCUGCAUGCUGUCUUGUAGAUUUAAAUGCACUGGUGAGUGCUUUCUCUAAGAGUGGACAUAGCAUCAGUUGUCAGAAGAUAUUGGGUUGGAUCCCACAGGUAUGUGAUGCUAGUGGUGGUACUUUCUUCUGGCACCAGGAGCUUUCUGUUAAUGGCCAAAAAAAGGCCUUUUGCAUUGGAGGAAGGCUUCUUGGGCUGGAGGAGUGUGAAACAGAUCUGCAAGACCCAAGCCGAUGCUUGUAGACAACAUAUAGCUACUUGCUCCCCGCAAGCUAAAUUUCUUGGUAAAUAGACUCUGUAAUGCAAAGAAAAUGUGAGAUAUGACCUUGAUGGGGAAAAGUCGAGGUAAGUCUUGGGGGUGAACAACAUGUUGCCAUUAAGUUGCUUAGGUGGCUACAUUUAGGUGUCACAAUGGAAAGGACUGAAUACCGUAGCUGUUCCAUGGGGCAGCUUGAGGAAGGGGGGGGCGCUACAGCCACCUCCCUUCCUGCUGUGAUCGUAAGCAGAAAAGAGCCAGCAUACAUCUGGAAGGCACAAAAGUCCCAUUGGAGGUGUGAUACAGAAGCCUCCUGUUGCGCAACAAACACAAAGCUUUGUCAUGUAUAGAUGGAUCAGACUGGAGUGCCUGUCUCUGUAUCUGUUGCUGUGUGGACCAUGGGAAUGAGGGAGGUCAGCAACUGCUUGCAUCUCCUGUACCGCCAUGAGAAGCUUUCUAUUAAUUUUGG